UGCUUAUCUUGGUUUAUCAUGCUCUGCAGAUUGUCUGUGUCCUCACUCUGGAACAAAACACGUGUCAUUGCAAGAAGUCGGAUAUGCGUGUUGCUGAUCUUUCUAUGUGUGCUAAUGAUAGUAAAGUACUGGGAUGUUUUCCGCUGGUACAGUACUAAUUCGGUAGUGGUAAAUGGCAUACAUGAUGACAGCCACAUUCUCUCUUACCAAGAAUACGACGACAACAUCACGGAGCAGUUUGAAGGCGUGCUCGAUGCGUUACUUUAAUAUAACCUGUGUUCGAAGGCUCAAGGUCUCAACCAUAUGCCUGGCAGCGGUCAGUUUAGCUAUUGUGUUGGCGUUAGUGGUUUUGAAGAGAGCCUUGCCCGAAAUCCACAAUUUGUACGAACAGUCCACUGGAAUUUUACACUCAACAGUCGCAAUCCAUGAUAUCGGUACAAUUCAUCGCAAUGUGAAGAGACUUAAUUUCACUUGCGUUAGAUCUACGGCCGUAGCUUGUGUGAAUUUCAAAGGAGAACUAGGAAAUCUGAUGUUACAAUAUGCCUUUUUAUAUGUCAUGGCUAAAACUAAAAACCUCUUUCCUAUAAUUUCUGUUGAUUUCAAACUCCUAGUCGUCUUUAACGUGCAACACACAACGCUUUCAGACAUCAAGAAACGCUAUAGCACGUGCUCGGCCCUACAGCGUCGCGUGGAGCGAUGGGGUCUGUCAUAUGACGAAAAUUUAAUCAAUAUACCGGCAAACCAAAACGUCAGAUUUGACGGUUACUUCCAAUCUUGGAAGUAUUGGAUAGACCACGAAGACGAAAUUCGGGACAUCUUCCGGUUUAAUGUCUCCAUUAGAAAUUACGCAUCUUCACAGUUCAGGAAUAUUCUACGAGAGAUGAAUUUUGACAGAACCGGGGUUGUAGUUGGUGUGCAUGUUCGGCGAGGAGAUUACGCCACAAAAGGACAUAAAGAAUACGGCAAAUUAACACCGAAUGCGACUUACUACAAGAAUGCCAUGUCUUACUUUAGAAAGAGAUUUCCAAAUGUUUUAUUUAUAGUAAGUUCCGAUGAAAUCUGGUGGCCUAUAAAAGUGCUCGAAACGGAAAAAAAUGUCUAUUAUGUCCGAGGAAAUUCGGCCGCGGAAGACAUGGCGCUGCUCUCCCUAGCCAAUCACACGAUCAUGUCUGUCGGGACCUACGGAUGGUGGAUUGGUUGGAUGGCAAGGGGGACGACUGUGUAUUACAAACACAUAUUCGUUCCUGGAUCUGAAUUCUCAAAAGAGUUUAGAAAUAAUUCUAUUGACGAUUUCAUAUAUCCUGGUUGGAUAGGGAUGGAAUAAACAUAAUGGUGGAUUUGAAGUCAGACGUCAAAUCAAACUGAGUGUGUCUUAUUGGGAGAGAAGGUUCAUAUAUACUUGUCAGUGUAUAAUAUAUUUUGAGAGUUCUUCAUGGAAACUUGAGGCUGUGGUACAUUGAAUUUCCGUUCCUCCCAAUCAUCAUUGAUUGAAGAUAAUUAACGUAUUGAUAAAAAUAUGCGUUUUUUAAUUAUCGAUAAUGUAUAAUGUACAAUCACUACUUUACUGAAAUAAUUGGCCCAUGUUUUUGUU